CUCGGGUUGGUGUUGGCGUGUCCUGUGGUGUCGUCUAACGGCCUCCUCCCGCCGUUUUCGGACCCGGGUUCAAGCGCGUCGCGGGCGAAUCAUGGCGCUGAAGGCCGUGUGCGUGCUGAAGGGCGAUAGUCUGGUGCAGGGCAUCAUCCACUUCGAGCAGCAGGCAGAUGGGCCAGUUAUGGUACAGGGGACCAUUACAGGAUUGACUGAAGGCCAGCAUGGAUUCCAUGUCCAUCAGUUUGGAGAUAAUACACAAGGUUGUACCAGUGCAGGUCCUCACUUUAAUCCUCUAUCCAAAAAUCAUGGUGGGCCAGAAGAUCAAGAAAGACAUGUUGGAGAUCUGGGCAAUGUGACUGCUGACAAAGACGGUACAGCCAAAGUGUCCAUCAAAGACUCAAUGAUCUCACUCACAGGAGAGUGUUCCAUCAUUGGCCGCACUAUGGUGGUAAGUUUUCAUACAAAGGAGGAUAUGCAUAGUUUCUUCUAAUGUAUAAUAUUGUACUUUGGAUCAAGACUUCA